GCCAGUUCUUGUCCAGGUGACAUUUGAGAUACAUAGCUUUCGCUGUUAUUUGAGGGCAACAACUCUCAGACAGCUGAAAGCACUGUACCCUCUAUACUUGGUACUCAACAACUUACACUAUCCUCGGCCAUACCGUCCAGCAACCAUGCUUCCGAUACGAGCAAUUCUCCAUUCUGCUCGUAUCCUACCACGGCUGACCCUUUUUGCUUCUCCAUCUGUGGGCCUGUUUGUGAGGAACCCGCCGGCACUCUAUUCUCGACUUUUACUGGCUAGACCGUACUCAUCCAAGAAGAAGAACAAGGAAAUCGAACUUGGUGAAUGGGAAGAUGACCUCUUUGGUGAAGAGAGUUCCAUCCGACCUGGACAAAAGCCCUUGGUGCUGGACGAGGAAGUCGUGCUGAACGAAACACCUUUCUCAUGGGAAGACCCUCCGCUUCUUGUAAAAGAGCUUCCCAUAAGACCAAGAUUACCAGGCUCCAUCAAAAAGCUGAAUCGUAUCCUGUCAAGACAGCGAAAAGUAGAAAUACCAGAAAAUGAAUUAGAAGAGCGAUUUGUCAAAGGUCGAGGCCCUGGUGGACAAGCGAUUAACAAGACCAAUUCAUCCGUAUCCCUCACCCAUAUCCCGACCGGCAUCCGUGUCCAAGCGCAACCCACGCGAUCACGCGAAGAGAACCGUAAAGUCGCUCGCCGUAUCCUGGCCGAACGGUUGGAAGUACUCCGUGCCACGGGGCAAUUGCCGGGUAUGUCAGGUUUGGAGGGUAUUGAGGGUGUGAGUGUGGAUAUGGGAGGUGGAGAGGGGGAGGAAGGAGGGGAGAAGUUAAGUAAGAAAGAGAGGAGAAAGUUGGAAGAAACGAGGUUGAGUGAGACUUAUACAAAGGCUGAGAUAAGGGCGGAGAAGGAAAGGAGAAGAAAGGCAAAUAGGGCAAAGAAGGCGAAGAAGAAGUAUGCGAUGACCGAUAAGGAUGGGAAAGUGUUAGCGAAGGAGCUUGAGAAUGAGGAUAAUGAGGUUGAUCUGCUGGAAAUGGACGCAGAAGUGACAGAACAGCCAGUGGAAAUGGAUGAAGAAUUCAAAAGGGCGCCAAAAGGGGUAUAAUGAUGCAUGAUUACAUAAUUACAU